AUGCCUUUGAUUCGACGAUCAAGAAAGGCAUCUGAGAAUGACAACAAUCAGACUCCGAUUCCGGACGAAGAAGACGAUAAGAGCAAGAAAGUAGCCGCGAAGAAGGCUAGGGUUGAUGAGAAGAGUAGCAAAUGGUCUUGUCUGGACAGCUGUUGUUGGUUGAUUGGUUGUAUUUGUACUGUUUGGUGGAUUCUGCUGUUUCUGUACAAUGCGAUGCCGGCGUCGUUUCCUCAGUACGUGACGGAGGCGAUCACGGGGCCGUUGCCGGACCCUCCCGGGGUGAAAUUGGAAAAAGAGGGGCUCAAGGUGAAGCAUCCGGUGGUGUUUGUGCCCGGAAUUGUCACGGCGGGGCUCGAGCUGUGGGAGGGGCAUCAGUGUGCGGAAGGGUUGUUUCGGAAGCGGCUCUGGGGAGGCACAUUUGGGGAGGUGUAUAAGAGGAACCCUCGUACGGGGUCUGAUUUGGUGUCUACAGUUGUUGCAGAUCGACUGCGUGAUAAGCCAUUGACGCGCCCCACUGAUGUCGUGUUUGAUUUGAAGAACGAUUAUGGUUUGGAUAUUAGCUACCGGGUGGCCUGGUUGGGUGUUGAGAAAGCUAGGGGCGAGGUGUACGGGGAUCACGCUACGUCCUUUGAUCAGCUGAGGUGGUAUAGCAAUUCUGUUAUGCAAAAAAACCCAAAUAGUUACAUUAAUCUUGAGUUUGACCCAAAAACCGGGAGCUUUGUUAGGUAUUUCAUAUCAUUUCGCGCUUGUAUAGAUGGGUUCAAACACUGCCGGCCUAUGCUUUUUUUGGAUGGAACGUUUUUGAAAGGUAGAUUUAAAGGUAAUUUGCUCGCAGCUACUGCUAAAGACGCCAAUCAAGGAUUGUUUCCGGUAGCCUUUGCUAUUGUUGAUUCCGAGAAUUCAGCUAAUUGGGAAUGGUUCCUUCAUAAUUUGAAAGAAGUUGUUGGGGGUGGGCGAACAUUGACUUUCAUAUCUGACCGCCAUGUCGGAUUAUUACACUCUAUGCCCAUUAUUUUCCCUUCAGCCCAUCAUGCAUAUUGUUUGUUGCAUCUGCAAAUGAACUUGCGGGAUCGAAUGAAAUAUGUUAAUGCAUCGCACAAAAUUGGGUUGAUGCGCAAGUUACGGGAAUGUGCCUACGCGCCCACUGUUACUUGCUUUAAUGAGAAAUUUGAGGUAUUGAAGAAGUCCAACCCAGCUAUGAUUGAAGAUUUUAUGAAAGACUUGCACCCAAAACACUGGUCUAAUGCGCAUUUCAGAGGCCGACAGUACGGGGAGAUGUGCUCAAACGCUGCUGAAUCUUUCAACAAUUGGGUCGGCGAGGCCCGUCAUCUUCCUAUUACUAGAUUGGUUGAUAUGAUAAGGGGUCAAAUAAUGGAGCAAAUGUUGGACUGCAGAGUUAAAUGCACUAAAUGGGCCGGUGUAAUAUGCCCUAAAAUGGAGAAAAAAUUGGUGGCAGCGUAUAACGACAGCAGGGCUUGGUGUGUUAGCCAGGCUAAUGAUGAUGUCUAUGAGGUCCACUCCCACCCAUCGGUGUUGGUUGAUGUCGGCAAGCUGACAUGUUCUUGUUUUCAGUGGCAGAUCAACGGGUUCCCAUGUUCCCAUGCUGUUGUUGCAUUCCGUAAUAGUGGGAGAAACAUCUACGAUGCCAUAGACUCUGCAUUUUUCAUUGAUACAUUUCGAGCUACUUAUAGCGGAACCAUAUACCCCAUCCCAACAGUGGGGAGGCCACUGUUUAACCCAGCUGAAUGUUUGAUAGCUCCGCCGACGGCCAAGCGUCCUCCCGGUCGGCCAAAACGGAAGAGAAUUCCAUCCAAGGGGGAGGUAGUGCAACGUAUACGUUGUGGUCGUUGCGGAAAAGUGGGUAAUCACAAUAGGAAGACAUGCAAAGAGCCAUUACAGGUGGGCUGUCAUAUGAUUUAA